UUUUUCCCGCGAAAGACGAGAUUUAUUAAUGUUUCAACAGCUUUUGGCGAGUAAACAUCACAGGUUGCGUGACUCAACAUUUGGCCGAGUGGAAGCUCGAGUCUGCUCGCACACAAGUCGACAAAAAAAAAACCACGGGUAAACCAUGAACCGCGCUCGGCCCAUGGCCGCGCGGUUAAUUAUAAAAAGGAUUGCUACAGAAAAAGAGUUUUAAAAUAAUUCCCUCGAGUCCCAGUGUCACUUUUCUUCCAGGGCCCGAAUCAAGCAGUUUCGUGACUGAGGCAUCUUGCGAUGACAACAAAUCUUGUUGAAAGCAGGAAAGCAUGUGACUCCUCUUGACUGAAACAUAACACGGGUUAUGUUACAUACCGGUGUGCCAAAAAAUAAAAGGGAUUUCUUCGUUUAUAGUUGAAGAGAAGACAUCGCUGAAGCCGAAAACAUGUUGAGAUUUAUACUGUUGGGCCUAGUUUGCCUUGCACCUGAAGUUGCGUCAAGCUUCCCGGCCAGUGCACCUAAGGUCGACGUGACUCUGUACUACGAAAGCCUGUGUCCAGACUGUCAGUUGUUUAUUCGUCAACAGCUUUAUCCAACGUACCAAAAGAUUGGCGACAUCUUCAAUCUAACACUUGUACCGUACGGGAACGCCGAGGAAACAAAGCGCGGAGACAAAUGGGUUUUCCAAUGCCAGCACGGGCCGAACGAGUGCCUAGGAAACCUUAUCGAAACCUGCGCCAUCUCUCUGCUGAAGAACCUUUCUGUGUCGUUUCCAUUUGUUCACUGCUUCGAGGUGUCGAUCGAGCGCUCCGGAGAUCCUAAGUCAGUCGCCCAGCAUUGUGCCAAGUCUUUGGGAAUUGACUACGCUCCGAUAGAAGCGUGUGUGAGUGGGCCACAGGGAAACGAACUGGAGCACGAGAUGGCGAAGAAGACAGACGCGUUGGAACCGCAGCACGAAUACGUACCGUGGGUGACCAUCAAUGGAAAACACACAGAGAAGAUCCAGAGGGAAGCCGAGAACAACUUGCUGAAGCUCGUGUGUGAAUACUACGAAGGAACUAAACCACCAGCUUGUGAAAAGCAGAAGAUCGGUCGAUGUUACAAUAACUGGGAACCUUUUCCACAGAUACAGGAGAUUUAAUUUUUCGUUGGUGCGUGCACAGGUAGCCCAGACUUUUUUUACCUUUGAUGAUUGCGUAACAAUUUUCAGAAAAUGCACGAAAAAUUGCACCAAAAGCUAUGCGUAGAAAUGAAUCUACAUGAAAGUCACGUUUGUCUUGUUAUAUUUUAUCCCCUUGUAUUGCUUUAGCCAGGUCAGAGCCAUUUAGGAGUAAGUUUCACCAUUUUGCCUAAUAUAUUUGGUCUCUAUUCCGGGGUUUCAUUUUUCUUUUAGUUUGCUCGUGUAAUAGAUGAAUAAAAUUUAAAUCGAAUGGAAGUAUGUCCAAGA